UCGAUCGAUAUACAUGAUUGUCUCAGCUCACACAACACACUGCACCGUCUCCAGCUAUAACCUGAUGAUAUCUUCCGCGAUAGCGUGUUGAUGGUGCGUCAACAAACAGCUUUUCACUGAGUUUUGACGAAUGCUCCUCCCCUAUCUAUAUAGAGUUCUCGUUUUGAGGACGAAUUGGUCUUUCUAUAGUAGCGGGAUCUGAUUAAUAUCAUCGCCGUAAAUUGAUCAAAUAUUACGGCCGAAGUGUGUACCUUGGUGCCGUGCAUGUAAUAGAAAGUGGUAUUGUUUAAAAUUAAUUGUCUCAUGAUAUUGCGAUGGUGUCUCAAAACAUAAAUGACGAGAACGUGACCACAGGAUAAGUUUCAACAGUUUAAAUUAUAAAGAUGGAGACUAACCCAUCUUCACAACGUCUUGUGGUGUGGAUGUUUAUCUUCGCAGCAACCAUUUAUUUUGCACAAGGCAAUCUCCGUUGCUAUGACUGCGAUGUUGAUUUCAAGACGAUGUCGAACCCAGACCUCAACUGCAUCCAUAACGUGAUAAAUAGCACUGGAGAUGUCAUGUAUGAGCCGAGAGAUUGCCAACCACAUGAACGCUUUUGUAAGACCCAUAUAGUCAAAGGAAACCGCGUCAUCAAAAGCUUCGAGAGAGACUGUGCAGAUACGUGCACUCCAUCCUGCGAUACCAGGGGUUUCGGGAUCGACGUGCAGACGUGUACAUUCUGCUGCGGUACAGAUGGUUGCAACAACUCCAGCAGCUCAGCACAACCUCAUACGUGGAACACGUUUGAGCUCGGGGUUGUAGCAGUGGUGGCUUAUAAGUUUGCUGGCUCUCCUUGUAAUUAAAAAACGAUGUUUUAUUUUUAAAGUCACCUGGAAAUAGAAUUUUUUUCUUUCAAACAUAAGAGUAUAU